CCCCGCCAUGUUUUGCUCCUCCUUCUUGCCGUUAUACUGGCCACUGCGUCUGCGCACUUACAACCGCGCGCUGCAACCGGAACGUUAAAAUCGGAGAGGCCGCUGUCUUUCCAAGCACGAAGCUCCACCAUCCUGUGCGAAUGUAACAUGGCGGCGCUUGUCUGCAGGAAGCUAUCGGUUGUGUCAUCUUGGCAAUCUGCAAUUGCAUGGAGAAGGGCUGUUCACACAACAGGAUCAUGCUUCAAGAACCGAGCAGCCCGCAUUCGUGUUGGAAAGGGUGAUAAACCAGUUACCUACGAGGAGGCACAUCCCCCUCACUUUAUCGCUCACAGAAAAGGGUGGCUGUCCCAACACACCAGCAAUCUGGAUGGUGAGGAUGGAGCUGCAGACCGCACAAUUGAGGAUGUUUUCAUCCGCAAGUUUAUUUAUGGAACCUUUCACAGCUGUCUGGCCAAUGAGGUUGUUGUGAAGAGAAGAGCAAACAUGAUUAUCAUCUGCGCCAUCUUCAUUCAAAAACUGCCACCUCAAAAGUUCUAUUUCCUGAUUGGCUACACAGAGACUCUCCUGUCAAACUUGUACAAAUGUCCUGUCAAAAUGGAAGUGCAGACAGUGGAUAAGAAGAUUGUAUAUAAAUACAUCUAACUGGAUACACAAAGGAAAUGACUGAAUAACACAAGCUUUUGUUAUUGACCGAGUAUUGUAACCUGGUUUUGUCAAUUUGGAAAAAAUCUCAGCUCUAUUUGAUAUUUUGGGUACCAGAUGGAAAGUGCUGCAGUCAUUUACGUGGUGUGUGUAUUUUUUUUGGUGACUUUGCCAGUUUUGUCCCUUCUGCCACCUUCUCAGAAAUUAUACUAUGUUUCUGGGUGCAGUUCAUAUUAGAAACAGUGAGCUUUGUCAAUGAAAUACUAAGGCCACCGAUUCCCAUACCAUAUCUUGUGACAAAAGGCAAAACAGAACUUAAAGGCCAAAUGAGUGAAUUGCUGAACACUGUCCAUCACCUCUGACUGCACUUACUCAUUGGAUGAGCUCUGUCCUAAGCCAAAUCAGAGAAACUAGCAAUGGACCUAUUUAGAUGUGCCAUCUUCGUCCAUUCUUAAUUUUUCAGAAAUAGUCAUGCUGAGAAAUGUUAAAUGUUGAGAACAAUGUCCAACCAUGGCUGGUUCUUAUGGAAUAAUGGUGAAUGCCAGGAGCCACAGCCAGAUUGUCUUAUGCAGUGGACUGAGGUGGGACUCUUAACGUAGGCAGCAUUUUCCAUUUGAUAGCACUGAAACAUCAUGACUAGCCCCAGGCCUGUAGUCACACCAGUAAAAUCAUGUACCAGACUGAUCUGACAUUCUUAAAAUACCUGCAUGGAUCUUUUCCUGUGAAUAAACAGUUUACUGUCAAAUCUU